AUGACGAUCCGACACUCCCGCAACGCUGAUAGCAAUUUCUACUGGUGCACCAACCCGUCGUAUGAUGAGGGGAACGUGCACUACAACCAGGAUCUUCCCAUGACAUGCCUCAAAUGUGGCCAUCAUACCUGUGUUCGACAUCUCAUCCCCUGGCACUUCGGCAAGACAUGCGAAGCAUACGACAAUGACCCCGAAAGGCAACAGCGAAAUAGGAAGCUCAACGCUGAGCGUAUCGCGAACGACACGCUGAUAAAGAAGAUCUCAAAGAAGUGUCCUAGCUGCGGUGUAACUCUACAGAAAACCGAUGGGGAUAUGGAGGACGCGCUGGUAUUGCAGCAGUUUCACGACAGUAGAGAAGCGGUCGCCUCGCGGCAGGACUGGCGGAGAUGGGAGGCACCGGAAAUCACCCCGACGGACGCAGCUCGUAUGGAGGCAGCAGAGGCAACACUGCGGGCUGACAUGGAACGCGCACGUGAUCUCCACGCCCUCUUUGGCAAUCAGACCAACCAUCGGCCGCCUCGAUCGGAUCAAAGAGAUCGGAGACCCAGGACAAUGAGACACCACCAUCCACGAAGCCCUGGAGUAGGAGCAUUUCCUCACACAGCGCCAUCCUUCGCACAAAUUGGUGAAGAGGAUACCCGUGCUAUUGCUGGAAUAGUGCGCCCGCGAGAUGACCGUUUGCAGGCUAGCCGCGACGUCGAGGAAAAGAUCGCUCGACUCCGACGAGCCAUGGUUUUCUGGACGCGGCCCGAAUUACCACCACACUGGACUCCGGGCGGUGAUCAUAGUCCAUCUGCGUCCGCGACAAACGCGGCUCUAGCAAACCUUCCGCCCUUAUCCUAUCGAGAUCGCUCCGGCUCCGGGAGGACCUCUCCAACAGUCUCGGGUCUCACUGUUGGCCUACAUGUUGAAAGCCGCAAUGCGCCAUCCAGCACGAGAACAACUCGCAACAUGAUCGAGAACGACCGUCCGCGCUCCUUCACCCGUGCGCUGAAUCCUCGCCGAGCCGACCGACCUCUCCCGAAUAUAGGCGCCGUCACAAUAGCAGACAUGGAAGCAUAG